AUGGGCAUAAAGGCGUCGCUGGCCAUUGAUGGGGCGAGAGGAAGGAAGCGGAUCUUCGAUCCCGCCCGGAGGCUCGGCACCCCUGGGCCGCCUUCCUCCCGUGCCCGCCUGCGCUCGCGCCUCCGCGGCUUCUGGAGGGCAAGGAUCUGGGCGGCCGCGAUUGAGGGCUUGGGCGCAGCUGGGAGGGAAUCCCCGGCGGGCGAGAGCGCCAGCGCCAGGCCAAGGCGUGGGGUGCACGGAGAGGUCCGGGAUCACGGCGACGGCAUCCGGAGUCGCGGGCGGGGCGCUGCCGGGGAGUCCGGGAACCCUGGAGGGCCCGGGGAGUGGGCGGAGGUGCCGCAGGAGGCGUCCGGUGCUUGGCUGGGCCGGUCUGGUCGGGCGCGCAGUUGAGGGGAGGGAAGGGCUGCGCCGGGCUGGGCCGCCGGGUACGCUUCCCUCGCCCUGCACCCUCGCCGGGCGGCGAGUGUUGGAAAAGAGAGGAAGACCUGCGGGCCUUUAGAUCCUGGGACCGCCCUUUCCCGCUCCAGGUCGGGCGGCGAGCAGCAACGAAGGCUGGACCCUCAGUGGCAGCAUGAGAGCGGGCGCCGCCGCUCCGGACUUGCGGCCGCGCGGCAGGCGGUGGCGGCUCUGCCGGCGCUCGCCAUGGGCGCGCGGUGGGGCCGGCGGAGCACUCGGCGUGGCGGCCUGAGGCUGUCCGAGGCCCAUUUGGCGCUGAUGGCCGCCAGCCUGGUGUGCAGCGCCGUGGUCGUCUAUGUUUGCUGGAAGCAGCUGCCGCCGCUGCCCUGGGCCUCCUCCGUCCCGCCGCGGCGGGUGAGCGUGCUGCUGUGGUGGGAGCCCUUCGGGGGCCGGCACAGAGCCAAAAGGCCGCCCCCCGAUUGCCGGCUGCGCUUCAACAUCAGCGGCUGCCGCCUGCUCACUGAUCGCACGGCCUACGGGGAGGCCCAGGCGGUGCUUUUCCACCACCGAGACCUGGUGAAGGGACCCCUGGACUGGCCCCCGCCCUGGGGCGUCCUCGUGCGCCCGGUGGAGGAGCAGCAGGUGCUGAUGGACGAUGAGGAGGAAGCCGCGGAGGCCUUAGCCCUGGCUGCGUCGGGCCCCAGGCCCCCCGGCCAGCGCUGGGUGUGGAUGAACUUCGAGUCGCCCACCCACUCCCCGGGGCUGCAGAGCCUGGCAGGUAACCUCUUCAACUGGACGCUUUCCUACCGGGCCGACUCGGACAUCUUCGUGCCUUACGGCUACCUCUACCCCAGGACCCAUCCCAACGAGCAGCCGCCGGGUCUGGUCCCGCCGCUGGCCCGGAAACAAGGGCUGGUGGCCUGGGUGGUGAGCAACUGGGACGAGCGCCAGGCGCGGGUCCGCUACUACCGCCAGCUGAGCCAGUACGUGACCGUGGACCUCUUCGGCAAGGGCGGGCCCGGGCAGCCGCUGCCUGACAUCGGGCUCCUCCACACGGUGGCCCGCUACAAGUUCUACCUGGCCUUCGAGAACUCGCAGCAUCUGGAUUAUAUCACGGAGAAGCUGUGGCGCAACGCCUUCCUGGCUGGGGCGGUGCCGGUGGUGCUGGGCCCAGACCGUGCCAAUUACGAGCGCUUCAUGCCCCGCCGUGCCUUCAUCCACGUGGACGACUUCCCUGAUGCCUCCUCCCUGGCGGCCCACCUGCAAUUCCUCGAUCGAAACCCAGCUGCCUACUGCGGAUACUUUAGCUGGCGUCGGAGCUAUGCCGUGCACGUCACCUCCUUCUGGGACGAGCCUUGGUGCCGGGCCUGCCAGGCUGUGCAGAUGGCUGGGGAACAGCCCAAGAGCAUCCCUAACUUGGCUGGCUGGUUUCAGCGGUGAAGCCACCCUCCCCUGGCUGUAACCCAGGGAGGCCAAGUCGUCGGCUUUUGGAUCCCCUGGAUCCUCCGCUGUGCAUCUCCUUAACUGCCGAAUCGUGGGACUGUAUUUUCCAAACACCCAUUUUUAAUCUAUUCCCAUAAUUAAAGUUGAUUUACCAAGUAAUAUUAUUCAGCACAAAGACUGGGUGGGAAGG